AUGAGGUUUCACAAGCGGGAAGCCUCACAGGCCUCUACCCUUGGUGGGCCUCCUAGCCCUGGAGGCCGCGGCCAGCUGCCAAUGCUCCAAAUGCCAGACAGGAUGCGAUUCAAUCUCCUCUGCAUGUUCGGAGAGUUCGUGGGAACCUUUAUGUUCCUCUUCUUCUCCUUCGCUGGAACUCAGGUCGCCAAUACACCCAUGCCAGCUCCGGGAUCGCCCCCGAAUACUUCCAAUCUCUUGUAUUCGUCUCUGGCCUUCGGUUUCGCUUUGACUGUCAAUGUCUGGGCUUUCUUCCGAGUCACCGGUGGCCUUUUCAACCCUGCGGUCACUCUCGCUCUAUGCGUAACCGGCGGUAUGCCCGCCCUUCGCGGAUUGAUGGUCUUCCCCGCUCAACUUGUUGGUGGCAUUGCCGCUGCUGGUGUUGUUAGCGCCCUUUUUCCAGGUCCUUUGAACGUAUCUACUCGAUUGGGUGGCGGAACCUCCAUCUCACAGGGUCUCUUCAUCGAGAUGUUCCUGACUGCCCAGCUCGUGCUUGUCAUUAUCAUGCUGGCUGUCGUCAAGCACAAGUCGACCUACCUGGCACCGGUCGGCAUUGGUCUCGCUUUCUUCGUCUGUGAGAUGGUCGGUGACUUCUACACCGGUGGUUCCCUGAAUCCCGCCCGCUCCUUGGGUCCUGAUGUUAUCAACCGCAGUUUCCCCGGAUAUCACUGGAUCUACUGGGUUGGACCUUUGCUCGGAUCGCUUCUGGCUUCUGGCUUCUACCACCUCCUCUGCUAUGUCCGCUGGGAGAAUAUCAACCCUGGUCAGGACUACAACGAGUGGGAGACCAAGGCUCGGAAGGACUCCAUGGCUGCCUCUGAGCCCAACAUGGCUGAUCCUGUCCACCAUGGCGUUGUCAAUGGCAAUUACACUAGCACUGGUGACACUACUAAUGGCUAUGUGCGUCCGCCGACAUCUGAGACUUCUCCGGAGCAGCAGGUGUAA